CUCGACCUAAAGAUUCUCAGGUUGAUCAGCAUCUUCGCCUUCUUUGGCAAUUCUGUACGAGCCCUGCAUCAACUCGUCCACCCCUCACUUCAGAGCUCAUUAGUAUCUCUCAAAAUUCCGUGGCACUGAGACGCAAUUGUUACAGGUAUAGCCGAGAGCCUCGUCCGACACUCUGUGCCAGCGAAAUGGAGUUCCACUUGGCGACUCGCGCCAGAAGAUCCUCUACGAUUCUUGACU